AUGCCACAUUGGGGCAAUGGCUCUGAAGGCUAUCUCGAUAGUCCGCGCCUGGAUAAACCCGAUACGGCCAUGGACACCAAUGUCAUGGUGGUUGCGUUGCUGUUGAACCGUGGUCCUAAGCUAAUAGUCAUUCUCGUCGAGAAAGCUUGGGUCUCCGAGCUCUUAGUAACAAUACUUGACCCAUCGAGAGCUGUGUUCAUAACCUGUGUAAAGGUUGAGCUUCCAUUAAUGACCAUUUUGGUCCUGGUGGCGGCCAUUCUCACCAAAAACCAGGGAAGACACAGCGACAAUCACAGUAACCGGGAGAAGGAAGGUAUUGACGGGGCUUUCUCCCACAAGCAAUUGCCAGUAUCAAGGCAAUGA